UGGAAACGCUGAAGGUGCAUUCGCCAUGCUCACUUCGACACAGCGGUGCACCGUAGUUGGUUUUUCGAAUGAGUUAGACUGGAGACCACUGAGCUUUGUGGAGCCCCUUCCGUCGUAUCGAGUAUGCCAAGCCUGUGGACUAGUGCCCAGAGUGACAGCACUGUUGCCCUGUCUACACGUUUUCUGCAAGAGCUGCUUCGAACAGUGCCGCCUUGAUUCCGGCCACUGCUGUCUUCUUGACGGUCAACCUGCCAGCACAGAAGAUGUCGAAUGGAGAGAGUUUCCAGUGAGAAACCUUCUCAAGCGCAUGGUGAAAUGCUGGAACGAAGACCGUGGUUGCGACGUUGUUUUGCCUGCAUCGGAACUCAACAAACACUUUUGCAAAGAUUGUGACCACCACUCCACUUCCUGUCCUAGAUGUUCGAUGGUCGUACGCUGUAAUAGUGUGUGUGCCCACAUGCAGAGCGAGUGCAUGGAUCACGCGAUGUCGGCGCCAGCGGCGAGUCCUCAACUGAACUCAUCUAGCCAGCAUGCGACAAUGAUGGCUUUGAAUGCAAACAUGUGCACACGUGUAGGUCAAAUCAAAGACACUUUAGACCACCUUACCCAGGAAAAUAUCACCCAAAGUAACUGCCUCAAUGAGAUUUCGCAGUACAUGAACACGAUGAAAGAAACACUUAAAGAAAUAUCACAUAGAACUAGAGAUUUGGGCAGUGUUGUGUCUGCCUCAGAUGUAUUACAUAGCACAGUAACACUGAAUCACCAUGGCCAAAUGUUACAAGAGCUUUCAGGAACAAUAGGCAAUUCACACGAAGCACUGAAAGAUCUUUUAUAUGGCACGAAGCGAUGUGUCGAAGAGCUGAAAGAAGACACAGCAACCACCUUGAGAGUGGAUUUAAAAGAAAUUGUUUGUGGUGAGGGGAGCGUGCUGAGGGAAGCCAUGAGAAGAGAUCUUGAGAAUGUCAAAAAGGCAGCCUCCAGCAACUGCGCAGAAACUGUUGCCGCAAUCCUUGAAGUGAAGGAGUGCGAGAACAAAGGCCGGUUCGAUUGUGAAAAAUAAAGAAAAAAUCUCAGCCUUAAGCUCAAUUACACUAAAACGACACGAGUUCUCUGUAGAAGGCCUGAACACAUUAAAGGCAGAGCACUUGCAAAUGGGUUUUGUGCA